AUGGCCCAAGAUUCAACAGAUAUUAAAGAAACCAUUGGAGCUCUUGACGAUUAUGUUCUUCUAGGACGUAGCGGUUUGAGGGUUUCUCCUUUAUGCCUUGGCGCAAUGACUUUUGGCGAAAAAAUUGGGUUAGGUUCGAAUUAUGAGGAGUCUAAGAAGGUUUUUGACUAUUAUUAUGACAAAGGUGGAAAUUUUAUCG